CCCCGGCUCCCAGGCUACUCUCCCUAGCUCAUAUCUAGGUUCCUGAAGCCUCUGCACAUGUAGUUCCUGGAGCUGCUGUCUUACUGAAAUGUCAACAUCUUCAUCUUCUAUCUGGAACACCAUCACGGAUUAUCUCUCUCUGAGCUCAAUAUGGAAUUGGCUACAAGCAACUCUUCUGGGAGAGACUAGUGUGCCUCAGCAAACAAAUUUGGGGCCACUAGAUAAUCUUGCUCCGGCUCUGCAAGUUGUCCUGGGGAUUUUCUUUUUGAUUUUGUUGGGAGUAGGAGUAUAUGCCUUAUGGAAACAAAGUGUUCGGUCAAUUCAGAGAAUACUGCUUUUUGUAAUCACUCUCUACAAGCUUUACAAGAAGGGCUCAGAUUUUUUUCAGGCUUUUCUGGUCAACCCAGAAGGAACUGUUCUCCCGAGUCAAGACAAUAAGCUCUUCCUGUCCUUGGGUCUGCAAGAGAAAAUUCUGAAAAAACUUCAGAUGGUGGAAACCAAAGUGAAGGACCUGGAGGGGAUGAUCAGUUCCCAAAUACCUUCCGUGAAGAGGGAUUGCUCCUCUGAGCCCUACUGCAGCUGCUCCGACUGCCAGAGUCCCUUGCCCACAUCAGGGUUUACUUCCACAUCCGAAAUGUGAUGGACUCCAAUCUUUUCCAGAAAAGCACUGUUUCCCUCAUGUGUGCGGUGGUGUAUCAAUAAAGAUAGACAACUAUACUGAAAUUA